AACAGCGCCAUGUUUGACACACUGAAGUUCCGCGUACGUCACCGUAAUGACGCCCAAUAUGGCAACGCCAAAAGCAGUUCAGUUACCGUAACUACUGCUGUGUCCAUGAGGACUCAAGGAUUUACUAAUAAAUAUGAAUAUAUCUGUGGAAUUACUAUUGUAGUAUUAUUGUAUAUGGUAGUGGUAUGGUAACUUAAGACCAGUGGGGGGAAUUAACAUUAUUCAAGUACUCUACUUAACCAUAUAAGUGUUGAAGCAGAUCAAAUCUACGACAACAAUAAAGUACCACUUACAUAUUACAUCAUCAAGAAUAAUAACAACACUAAACAACUGACGGAUUAUUAGUACUUUUUAUGUAUUAGUUAGUAUUAUGGUGCUUCAAAUAAAUGUUCUUACUAAUACCGCUCUACUUUUACUUACAUAUUGUUGUACUGCUACUGUGUUGAAUACGUCUUCCGCAACUGCAGAUAAACUGUCCUUGCUCAUUUAUUUCACAUCUUUGAAUUCCACUUAAGUUAUUUGACAGAUUUUAAGCAGGACAGCCGUUUUGAUCUGAACCGGAAAUCACGUGACUUAACGAGGUUCGCUAAAAGAAGUUCGUGGCGGAGCGACGUAAUUAGCCGCGACCUGUACGAGUGAUCCCAAGCUGGAGGGAAGCAGACGCGAAACAAAGGUCCUUAUAAUACUGUUGGUGUAUCUUCAGUAAAUCCCAGCUAGAGAUGGCGACCAUCAGAUUUGGAACCACUAGCUCUCCAUGCAACACUGCAGCUGCCGAGAGAGCACACUUGGUCGUGGAAACCGAGGAAAAAGGAAACUGUGACCCGGAAAAACUUCUGCAGUGCCCUUUUGACAAGAACCACCUCAUCCGGAGCUGCCGCUUCCCUUACCAUCUUAUAAAGUGCAGAAAGAAUCAUCCGAAAUUGGCUAGUGAGCUAAAAACCUGCCCUUUUAAUGCACGCCACCUGGUCCACAAGCAUGAGCUGGCACACCACACUGAAACCUGUGAGGACAGGAUAUCCGUGGACACUGUAGUUGAGGGAAGCACAAAUGGGCAUUGUAAAUGGCAGGUCCCAGUCAGUACUUGGGUAAACCCGGACAUGUCUGAGGAUUGGGACACAGAGGCUGAUGAUGAUGCUACUCCAUUUGUGUGGGGUGUAAACACGGUCCUUAAUCAAAAACUGGAGGCGAGGCCCAACAACUUUGGUCCAACUUUUAGACCUCCUAAUGCCCUCCCAUGGUCUGCGAUACAUAAGCCAUAGUGUAUAUAAUUAUGCACAGAUAUUUCUUUUAAAGUUUGUUCUUAUCAAGUUUGUUCCAACACGUUUUUAAAGGUGCAUUGUGUAGAACUUGGAGCAUCUACUGGUAAGGUUGCCGAUUGCAACCAAUUGAAACUUUAAGUCAAUAAAGCUCCCUAAAUGCUACACGCAUUUUCUUUUAAUUUGCGGCACUCUAAUUAGUGCCCUGGUGUGGCAAGUACUCUAAAUACAGAAUAUAGUAACAGUGUACACGCUUUAAAACUAACGCCUAAUUUGUUUUGGGCUUUGUUUGCCUUCCCUGCUGUUACAGUAACAAAUGGCCCUAGUUGAAUAUCGUGUGCUUUUUAUAUUAAAGGCGUUUGUUUC